GAGAAGCGGCGGAGUGAGGAGAAGGAGAGCCUCAGUCGUACUGAAGCGCUACUUUUCUUUCAAUAAUUCGCCGAUUUGAGUGAUUUUUAAACACCCGUCUUUGUCAGCGGAGACACCAGGAGGGCAGAUCGGGAGGAAAGUGAGUGAACCGAGCGGAGAAAUGGCCGCGGCGGGCGCUGCGGCCUGCGGCUCGUCCGAAUCCUCGGAGUGGAUUUUGGUGAGAGACGGCCGGCUGCGCUGCGACGACGCCGGCCUCAGGAGCCUCUCCUACCACCCGGGCCUGAACGCCAUUCUGGCCGUGACCAGCCGGGGAAGCAUUAAAGUCAUCGACGGAACCUCGGGGUCCAUCCUCCAGGCCUCUGUGCUGCACGCGAAGCCCGGUGGCCGUGUGAGGUGUCAGUACUUCCCGGCGGUGGAUAAAGUUCUGUUCGUGGACGAUUACGCGGUGGGAUGCAGGAAGGACCUGAACGGCAUUCUGCUCCUGGACACGGCGCUCCAGGCCCCCGUGUCCAAACCGGAGGACAUGGUCCAGCUGGAGCUACCGGUCACUGAGGCCCAGCAGAUGCUGUACGCAUGCCUGGAGAAGGUGGACGUCUCCAACACUGAGGGAUACGACCUGUUCCUCACGCAGCUCAAAGAAGGCCUGAAAAAUACCUCACACGAGACGGCAGCCAAUCACAAAGUGGCCAAGUGGGCGACGGUGACCUUCCAUCUCCCCCACCACAUGCUAAAGCUGGUGGCGAGCGCCAUAGUGAACGAGCUGAAGAAGCUGAACCAGAACGUCGCCGCUCUUUCUGUGGCCUCCUCCAUCAUGGACAGACUCUCCUACCUCUUACCCAGCGCCCGGCCGGAGCUCGGGGUCGGCCCGGGACGCUCCGUGGACAGAUCCUUGAUGUACAGCGAGGCGAACAGAAGAGAAACCUUCACGUCGUGGCCUCACGCUGGCUACAGGUGGGCGCAGCCCGACCCCAUGGCGCAGGCUGGAUUUUACCACCAGCCGGCCUCGACGGGGGACGACCGGGCCAUGUGCUUCACCUGCAGCGUGUGCCUGGUGUGCUGGGAACCUACUGAUGAACCCUGGUCGGAACACGAGCGACAUUCGCCCAACUGCCCCUUCGUCAAGGGCGAGCACACCCAGAACGUCCCGCUGUCCGUCACGCUGGCCACCAGCCCCGCCCAGUUCCCCAGCUCCGACAGCUCGGACAAGAUCUCCUGCUACGGCUUCGGGAGCUGCCCGCACUUUCUGGCCACGGCCACCAAACGGGGCAAGAUCUGCAUCUGGGACGUCUCCAAGCUCAUGAGGGUGCACCUGAAAUUCGAGGUGAACCCGUACGACCCGGCCAUCCUCAGGCAGCUCAUCCUGUCGGGGAGCGAACAGCACGGUCUGACCGGCUCCGAGUCCCGCAGACCCGCCCUCGCCUGGCUGGAGGACACGUCCAGCUGCUCCGACAUCCCCAAACUAGAGGGGGACAGUGAUGAUCAGCUGGAGGACUCGGACAGUGAAGAACAUUCCAGAUCAGAGUCCGUGACGGGGCCGCUGGGUCCGAAGGAGAGCAUGGAGGUGAGCGUGGGCGUGACGGCGCUGAGCGUUCUCCAGCAGCCCGAGAAGCUGCAGUGGGAGGUGGUCGCCAGCGUCCUGGAGGACACGGUCAAGGACCUGGAGGAACUGGGCGCCAACCCCCCUCACUCCCUCGGCCCCGCCAAAGCGGACAGAGCCGCCAAGGACAAGCCGGCCGAGCAGCACAACAUUCCCUUCCCGUGCCUGCUGGCCGGCGGUCUGCUGAGCUACCGGUCGGCCGCCGGCUCCCCCGCCGUGGGCCCGUCCCAGCCCGGCCGGCCCUCGGAGAACCCCCCCAGGACCCCCGGCGCGGCCUCCGAGGGCCUCUCGCCGGACCAGGGGCCGAUGGAGAUCGAGACGUGCGCCCUCCCCUCGGAGCUGGGCUCGCCGGGCGCCGCGGUGCGCCGGACUCUGCCCGUCCUGCUCCUUUAUAGCAUCAAAGAGGCGGACGAGAAGUCCACGGGCAAGGUCUUCUCCCAGAUGAACAAUCUGAUGGGCAAGGGGCUGCACGAGGAGGGCUUCACCGUGCCGCAGAUCAUCGAGAUGGAGUUCGACACGCACGAGCAGCUCCUGCUCCAAGACCCGCCCGUCACCUACAUCCAGCAGUUCGCCGACGCCGCGGUGACGCUGGACGCCGACAAGUGGAACGUGCCCAGGCCGGGUACUUUAGUGCAAUGCCUGCGCCUCCCCAAAUCCUUAGAGGACGAGAACCUUUACGUGGACUCGAUCACCCUCUGCAGCGACGGCGCUCACCUGCUGGUGGUCCUGCAGCCCUUUUCCGUAGAAUCGCUGAACGCUAUUAACCAGGUGGAGGCGCUAAACACGCUGAACCGGCUGCACUCGGCCCUCUGCAGGAACAACAAGGGCCAAGCGGUGGCCAACGGGCAUCAAGGACCCGCCAGCGCCUCGCAGACCCAGACCCCCCUCAUCCUGCCCCCUUUGGAGCGGCUGGAUCAGCCGCACUCCUCCAGGCCCGUAGGGGGCAGCGGAGGAGGCGGAUACUUGGCACUUUAUAAGCUAAACUACUCCACGCGCGUCGUCACGCUCGAGGAGGAGCCCGUCAAAGUCCAGCAGAUCCGAGAUCCCCGGGACGCCAUCACCUCGCUCCUCCUGCUCCCCCCGGACGUCCUGGACGGCAGGGAGGACGACGCCGAGGAGACCUCCGAGGAGUCCACGCCCGUGGGUGCGGUCAAGAACGGCUCGGCCGCCGGAGUCCCCGCCCCGGCCGGAUCGGGGAAGGAGAAGAGGCCGGACGUCGCCGGGCUGGGCCACCUGGUGGUCACCACGCAGGCCGGGAGCGUCAUGGUCCUGGACCUGUCCACCCUGGAGGUGCUGGCCAGAGUCGAGCCGGCCAAAAAAGAUGGGACGGACGAAGUGGACUCCUUCGUCUCCGUCACGUAUUGCUCCGGCACCGACCGCCUGUGCGCCUGCACUAGAGGCGGCGAGCUUCAUUUCCUUCAAAUUGGAGGUGUGUGUGACGACAUGGACGACGCCGACAUUUUUGUCGACGGCCCCGUUUCUAAAGGGGUCGAGCAGCUCCUGGAGGGAGCGAAGCCCUCGUCCAACCCGUCCAGCCCCGGCAUCACAGGAGUUGAUCUUCUGGUGGAGCAGCCGCUGACCGUUGAGACUCUGUCCUCACUGGUGGAGCUGACCCGCUUCGAGACGCUGACGCCGCGCUUCUCCGCCACGGUGCCGCCGUGCUGGGUGGAGGUUCAGCAGGAGCAGCAGCAGAGACGCCACCCGCAACACCUACACCAACAGCACCACGGAGACGCCGCACAACACACACGCACCUGGAAACUACAGAGCGACAGUACCAGCUGGGACGAGCACGUGUUCGAACUGGUUCUGCCCAAAGCCUGCAUGGUGGGUCACGUGGACUUCAAGUUCGUACUGAACGCCAACAUCACCAACAUUCCUCAGAUCCAGGUCACGCUGCUGAAGAACAAAGCUCCCGGCCUGGGCAAGGGCAGCGAGUCAGCUGUAGACCGGCAGAUCGUCUUCCCCCUGUCUCACGUCCUGCAGACCAACGGUGAGAGGAACGGCCCGCCUCUACUGCACGACUUCACCGACGACAUUCAGUUCAUGGACAUCGAGGAACCAGGAGGAUCCAGACUGUGUUCGUUCCUGGAGGACCAUAAAGAAGACAUCCUGUGUGGGCCGGUCUGGCUGGCCAGUGGCCUUGAUCUCUCGGGGCAUGCGGGCAUGCUGAGCCUCACCAGUCCCAAACUGGUUAAAGGCAUGGCAGGAGGGAAGUACCGCUCGUUCCUGGUUCAUAUAAAGGCGGCGGGUGAGAGGGGGCCGGAGGAGAGCCCCCGCCGUAUCGUACGCAUGACUCCCACCAAACCACAGGGUGGCAGCAAAACGCACUCGCUUUCCUCGCUGCUCCAGAAAGCGCAGGCAACCAAGGAGAAAGCUUCUACAUCUAAGGGGGAUCCUCAGGGGCCUCCUAAAAAGCCCGAUAACCUGCGAGGCUGCGACCUGCUGCUGGAGGUGUCCAUCACCAUCAGGAGGUUUAAGAAGACGUCCGUACCCAAAGAGAGGGUGCAGCGUUGCGCCAUGCUGCAGUUCCCCGAGCUGCAGGAGAGGUUGCUGGCGGCUCUGUGUGAGCGUAGCGAGGAGAACACCGCCUCAGAACACUCGCAGAGCCUCGUCCUGGACGUCCUCUGCUGGCUGGCUGGCGUUUACUCCAACGGGCUCUGCAGCCUGAAGGAAGGGAAGGAGGGGCUUCAGAGCAAAACCAGGAAGCGUCUGGGCGAUAUCGUGCGGGUGUGUUUCUUCCAGGCGGGGCGCAGCAUCGCACACAAAUGCGCCCGCUUUCUUGCACUGUGUAUUAGUAAUGGUAAAGGAGAGCAGAAUCAGCAGGGUUUCGGACAGGCCCUGCUAAAGGCUCUGCUGGACAACAUGCCUUAUUUACCUGCUGCAGCCACCGGAGGAUCAGUGUACUGGUACUUCGUGCUGCUGAACUACGUGAAGGACGAGGAUCUCGCUAGCUGCAGCACGGCCUGCGCGUCUCUGCUAACGGCCGCCUCGCGACAGCUCCAGGAGCGUCUCACUCCACUGGAGGCGCUGUUACAGACCAGGUACGGGCUGUACGGUUCCCCCUUCGACCCGGUCCUGUUCGACCUGGAGGUGAGCGGCUCCUCCUGUAAGAACACCUACAGCAGCAUCGGCGUCCAGUCGGACGAGAUCGACCUGUCCGACAUUCUCUCAGGUAACGGGAAGGUCAGCGGUUGCGGGGCAGCAGAAGGAAGCUUCACGUCUCUGACCGGCCUGCUGGAGGUGGAACCCCUGCACUUCACCUGCGUCUCCACCAGCGACGGCACCAGGGUUGAGAGGGAUGAUGCCAGUAUGUUCACCGUGAGCACGUUCGGUGUGACCCCGACGGUGGCCGGGCUGUCCGGGGGCGCGGUGGGCGAGGCCUCCACGGCGCUGAGCUCGGCGGCGCAGGUGGCGCUGCAGUCGCUCUCACACGCCAUGGUGUCUGCGGAACAGCAGCUGCAGGUUCUGCAGGAGAAGCAGCAACAACUGCUCAAGCUUCAGCAACAGAAGGCCAAACUGGAGGCGAAGCUCCACCAGACGUCGUCGGUGGCGGUGCAGGCCCACGGCUCCGUGGUGUCGAACUCGUCCGGAGCGCCCGGCUUCUUCAUCCACCCGAGCGACGUGAUCCCCCCCACGCCCAAAACCACGCCGCUGUUCAUGACGCCCCCUCUCACGCCGCCCAACGAGGCCGUGAGCGCCGCCAUCGGGGCCGAGCUGGCCCAGCUCUUCCCCAAUAACAUCAUGGACCCCCCGCAGCCCUCGGCGCACAGCAAGAACGCGCACAGAACCAAAGCGCCGAACCCGAUGGGCAGCGGAUUGGCGCUGGCUAUUUCUCAGGCCUCCCACUUCCUCCAGCCUCCUCCUCAGCAGUCCAUCAUCAUCGAGCGCAUGCACUCAGGUGCCCGGCGCUUCGUGACGCUGGAUUUCGGGCGGCCCGUGUUGCUGACCGACGCCCUGAUUCCUACGUGUGGCGACCUGGCCUCUCUGUCCAUCGAUAUCUGGACCCUGGGCGAGGAGGUGGACGGACGCAGGCUGGUGGUGGCUACGGACAUCAGCACACACUCGCUGAUCCUCCACGACCUGCUGCCUCCACCCGUCUGCAGGUUCAUGAAGAUCACCGUGAUCGGGCGCUACGGCAGCACCAACGCCCGCGCCAAGAUUCCGCUGGGCUUUUACUACGGCCACACCUACAUCCUGCCGUGGGAGAGCGAGCUGAAGCUGAUGAACGACCCGCUGAGGGCCGAGGGCGAGAGCUUCAGCCAGCCCGAGCUGGAGCAGCACCUCGCCAUGAUGGUGGCCCUGCAGGAGGACAUCCAGUGCAGGUACAACCUGGCGUGCCACCGGCUGGAGACGCUGCUCCAGAACGUGGACGUGCCCCCUCUGAACAGCGCCAACAACGCCCAGUACUUCCUGCGCAAACCCGACAAAGCGCUGGAGGAGGACUCGCGGGUCUUCUCCGCCUACCACGACUGCGCUCAGCUGCAGCUCCAGCUCAACCUGGCCGCGCAGGCCGUGCAGAGGCUGCGCGUGUCCCUGGGCUCGCCGAGGCUGCCCCGCCCGCUCCGGCCUCUCGCGCCCAAUCAGCCGCUCGCGCAGCUGGUCCGGCAGGCCUCCACCGAGCAGCUGAGGACCACCAUCCGCUACCUGCUGGACACGCUGCUCAGCCUGCUGCACGCCAACAACGGUCAGUGUGUUCCCGCCGUACUGAGGAGCGUGUUCCAGGCCCAGGUGUGCGAGGAGCUCUUCAAGCAGCUGUGCAUCAGCGGGACGCCCCAGAUCAGGCUCCACGCCGGACUGCUGCUGGUCCAGCUGUGUGGAGCCGAGAGCUGGUGGGGUCAGUUCAUCUCCAACGUCCUGCAGGAGCUCUACAACUCGGAACAGCUGCUCAUCUUCCCCCAGGACAGGGUGUUCAUGCUGCUGUCGUGUAUCGGUCAGAGGUCUCUGAGUAACAGCGGGGUGUUGGAGGGGCUCCUGAACCUGCUGGACUCUCUGCUCUCUCCUCUCCAGCAGCCUUCAGCUCCACUGCACCGGCGCACCGAAGGUGUGUUGGACAUCCCCAUGAUCAGCUGGGUGGUGAUGCUGGUGUCGCGGCUGCUGGACUACGUGGCCAGCGUGGAGGACGAGGCCUCGGCAGCCAAGAAGCACCUGGUGGGCAAGGACAGGGAGAGGAGCUCGGCAGGGAACCAGUGGAGCUUCAUCAACAACAGCCUCCAGUCCCAGAACCCCACCAGAUCCACCAAGGGAAACAGCAGCCUGGACCGGCUCUACUCGCGCAAGAUCCGCAAGCAGCUGGUCCACCACAAACAGCAGCUGAAUCUGCUGAAAGCCAAGCAGAAAGCUCUGGUGGAGCAGAUCGAGAAGGAGAAGAUCCAGAGCAACAAGGGCUCGUCCUACAAGCUGCUGGUGGAGCAGGCCAAGCUCAAACAAGCCACGUCCAAGCACUUCAAGGACCUGAUCCGUCUGCGGCGGACGGCCGAGUGGCCGCGCUCCCCCCUGGACGCGGAUUCCUCGCCGUCGACGGUGAAGGAGACCCCCGAGGUGGAGCUGCUGCCCUUCACCCUGUCCCACGAGCGCUGCAUCUGCGUGGUACAGAAGCUGGCGCAGUUCCUGCUCUCCAUGGACUUCACCUGCCACGCCGACCUGCUGCUCUUCGUCUGCAAGGUGCUGGCACGGAUCGCCAACGCCACCCGACCCACGAUCCACCUGUGCGAGGUGGUCUCGGAGCAGCAGCUGGAGAGACUCCUGCUCCUCCUGGUGGGCACCGACUUCAACCGGGGGGACAUCAGCUGGGGCGGAGCCUGGGCCCAGUACUCGCUCACCUGCAUGCUGCAGGACAUCCUGGCAGGAGAGCUGAUGUCUCCGGGCGGCGUGGACGUGAUGGAGGAGGGCGCCGUGGGCGACGAGGCCGCCGCCUCCUCCUCCUCCUCCUCCUCGGCGGUGGCGGACCCGGACGACCCGCUCCCCCAGCCCACCCCGCUGGCGCUGGUGGACACCAUGGACGAGCCGCUGGGCCCCGAUCUCAUCGCAGGUACCCACCACGGGAGCGCCUCGGCCUUCCAAAGUGCUCCGCCACUGUCAUCUUUGGAAAAAGAUAAAGACAUAGACUUUGACUUGCUACAGGACCUGAUGGAUGUUGAUAUUGAUCCUUUAGAUAUUGAUUUGGAAAAAGAUCCGCUCGCCGCCAAAGUUUUUAAGCCCAUCAGCAGUACCUGGUACGAUUACUGGGGUGCCGACUACGGAACGUACAGUUAUAACCCCUACAUAGGAGGAGCAGGAAUCCCGGUGGCCAAACCUCCCGCCGCGGUGGAGAAACCCAGCUCUCAGAGCCUCUCCGUGUCCGUCUCGCAAGCGCUGGAUGCCCGGCUGGAGGUGGGACUGGAGCAGCAGGCUGAGCUCAUGCUGAAGAUGAUGGCCACCCUGGAGGCUGAUGCUAUUCUACAGGCUCUUACCUCUAAUUUACCCUCAGUCUCCCAGAACACUAACGGGACGGACGACUCCCUGCUGCGCGGCCUCCGCGCCUCUCCACCGGGCGGCAGCGUGACGGUUCAGGCCUCCUCCGUCCCCAUGCUGAGUGCCUGCUUCAACAAGCUCUUCUCCAUGCUGCAGGUGCACCACGUACAGCUGGAGUCUCUGCUGCAGUUGUGGCUCACGCUCAGUCUGAACUCCUCCAGUUCUGAGGAGAGCAGCUCCGACGUCUUUCUCUUCAACGCCAGCCGAGUUCCCACCAUCCCCCUCAACCAAGCUUCCAUCAGUAGUUUUCUCUCGGUCCUGGCCUGGUACCCCAACACCUCCCUGCGUGUCUGGUGUCUGGUGCUGCACAGCCUCACACUCAUGACCAACAUGCCCUCUAGUGCCUCUGGCGGCGGCAUGAGCGUGCACGAGAGUACAGCUCAGCAGAUGGUGUCGGACCCCACGCUCGUGCACGUGCUCGUGCGCUUCCUGUCCGGCAGUAACCCUCACGGUACCAGCCAGCACAGCUCUCAGGUGGGUCCCACUGCAACCCAAGCUAUGCAAGAGUUCCUGACGCGGCUGCAGGUCCACCUCUCCUCCACCUGUCCUCAGAUGUUCAGCGAGUUCCUGCUCAAACUGGUGCACAUCCUCUCCUCCGAACGGGGUCCGUUCCAUUCGGGACAGGGCCCGUUAGACGCUCAGGUGAAGCUCCUGGAGUCCACGCUGGAGCAGAACUUCGAGGUGGUGUCGGUCACCACCAUCACGGCCGUGAUCGAGUCCGUCACCUUCCUGGUCCAUCACUACAUCACCUGCUCGGAGAAGGUGGUCUCGCGGAGCGGCUCGGACGGCUCGGUGUGCGCCCGCGCCUGCUUCGGUGGCCUGUUCGCCAACAUCAUCCGGCCGGGCGACGCCAAGGCGGCGUGCGGCGAGACCACGCGGGAUCAGCUCAUGUUCGACCUGCUGAAGCUGGUUAACGCGCUGGUGAUGCUGCCGCUCUCCGGGGACAGAGAGUUCAGCGGCCGCAUGCCGUCCGACAGCGUGUCGGACGAGGAGAAGGUCUGCGGGAGCGCCAAGGAGGGCGGGGCUUCAGGACACGGCUCCGGUCAGGGCGCGGCGAUGGGUGUGGCAGAUCUGGUGCUGGCCAAUCAGCAGAUCAUGAGUCAGAUACUGUCGGCUUUAGGUCAGUGCAACAGCAGCGCCAUGGCCAUGAUUAUUGGUGCCAGCGGGCUCCAUCUGACCAAGCACGAGAACUUCCACGGCGGUUUGGACGCCAUCUCCGUGGGCGACGGCCUCUUCACCAUCCUCACCACGCUGAGUAAGAGGGCGACGUCGGUGCAGGUGAUGCUGCAGCCCAUCCUCACCUACAUGGCCUGUGGGUACAUGGGCAGACAGGGUUCUCUGUCUACGUGCCAGCUUUCUGAGCCGCUGCUCUGGUUCAUCCUGAGGGUGCUGGACACCAGCGAGGCUCUCAGAGCCUUUCAUGACAUGGGUGGCGUGCAGCUGAUCUGCAACAACAUGGUGACGAGCACCCGCGCCAUCGUGAACACGGCGCGCAGCAUGGUCUCCACCAUCAUGAAGUUCCUGGACUCGGGUCCCGGCAAAGCAUCCGACGGCAGCCUCAAAGCCCGAGUCCUCGCCUCCGAGCCCGAAAACGCCGAGGGCCUGCACAACUUCGCCCCUCUCGGUACCAUCACGUCGAGCAGUCCUACAGCCCAGCCGGCCGAGGUGCUCCUCCAGGCCACGCCUCCUCACCGCCGGGCUCGAUCCGCCGCCUGGUCCUACAUCUUCCUUCCCGAGGAGGCCUGGUGCGACCUCACCAUCCACCUCCCUGCCGCGGUGCUGCUCAAGGAGAUCCACAUCCAGCCCCACCUGGCAUCGCUAGCUACGUGUCCGUCUUCGGUUUCCGUGGAGAUCAGCGCAGACGGGGUGAACAUGCUUCCUCUGUCCACGCCGCUGGUCACCAGCGGUCUGACCUACAUCAAGAUCCAGCUGGUGCGUGCGGAGGUGGCGUCGGCCGUGUGCGUGCGCCUGCACCGACCCCGCGAUGCCAGCACGCUCGGACUCUCGCAGAUCAAGCUGCUGGGCCUGACCGCCUUCGGCAGCACCUCGUCCGCCACCGUCAACAACCCCUUCCUGCCCUCCGAGGACCAGGUCUCCAAAACCAGCAUCGGCUGGCUGCGGCUGCUGCACCACUGCGUGACGCACGUCUCGGACCUGGAGGCCAUGAUGGCGAGCGCGGCGGCGCAGACGGCCAACCUGCUGCAGACGUGCGCGGCGCUGCUCAUGUCGCCGUACUGCGGCAUGCACUCGCCCAACAUCGAGGCCGUCCUGGUGAAGAUCGGCCUGCAGUCCACGCGCAUCGGCCUCAAGCUCAUCCACAUCCUGCUCCGCAACUGCGCCGCCUCCGGCACCGACCUCGCCAAUCUGAACAGCCCGCUGCUUUUCGGGAGGCUGAACGGCCUGAGCUCAGACUCCACCAUAGACAUCCUGUACCAGCUGGGCACCACACAGGACCCGGGCACCAAGGACAGGAUCCAGGCCCUGCUCCAGUGGGUGUACGACUCGUCCCGGGUGGCGGCCCUGAAACAGAACUUCCCGUCGGGCAUCAUGGGCCCGGCCACGUCUCAAUCCCGCGAGUACGGCCUGCUCAUGCCCUCGCCCUCGCACCUGCACUGCGUCGCUGCCAUCCUGUGGCACAGUUACGAACUGCCCGUGGACUACGACCUGCCGGCGCUGCUCAGCCGCGAGCUGUUCGAGCUGCUGUAUAACUGGUCCAUGUCCCUGGCGUGUAACGUGGUGCUGAAGAAAGCGGUGGACAGCCUGCUGUGCUCCAUGUGCCACAUCCACCCCAGCUACUUCUCCCUCCUCAUGUCCCGGAUGGGCCUGGGCACCCAGGCCAUGACCGACGACGGCAAGAAGCAGCACGAGCUCCACGGCGCCACCUCGCUCACCGACGACUCCAAGCUCCUCCCCCCCGUACCCGUCUCUCUGAGCGAGUGCCAGCUGGCCACCCUGGCCUUCGCCUCGCAGUCCCCCGGCGCCAUCCAGCAGCUCCUCGACUCGGGCCUGCCCGCUCUGCUCGUCCGCAGCCUGGCCAACUUCUGCUGCCAGCUGUUAGCCAGCGCGGACCUGCCCAUGCCCGCCUGGCACUCCGAGCGGCGGCAUCACGGCACGUCUUCUCCCUCGCUCUCGCCCGACCUGGCGGCCCCCGUGUUGAGGUUCCUCACCGACGUCGGGAACAGUCACGCCAUGAAGGACUGGCUGGGCGGACCUGAAGUCAACCCGCUCUGGACCUCGCUGCUUUUCCUCCUGUGCCAUUCCAGUGCCAGCGGCACGGCCAACGCCACCAACGCAGGCCCCGCCCACGGCGCUUUGGGAAGCAGAUCCUAUUCGCUGGGGUCGACCGGGGGGAGGAGUCACGGCCUCAGCACCCAACAGAGAACGGCGAUAGAGAACGCCACCGUGGCUUUCUUCCUCCAGUGCAUCUCCUGCCAUCCCAGUAACCAGAGACUCAUGGCACAGGUCCUGUGCGAGCUGUUCCAGUCGGCGCCGCAGAGAGGGAACGUCCCGGUGUCGGGGAACAUCUCGGGGUUCGUCCGGCGCCUCUUCCUGCAGCUCAUGCUGGAGGACGAGAAGGUGACGGUGUUCCUGCAGUCCCCCUGUCCCCUCUACAAGGGAAGGAUAAACGCCACCAGUCACGUGAUCCAGCACCCCAUGUACGGCGCCGGCCACAAGUUCCGCAAUCUUCACCUGCCCAUCUCCACCACGCUGGCCGAGGUUCUGGACCGCGUCUCCGACACGCCGAGCAUCACGGCCAAGCUGCUGAACGAGCAGAAGGAGGACAAGGAGAAGAAGAACCACGAGGAGAAGGAGAAGAUGAAGGCUGAUAACGGCUUCCAGGAUAAUUACAGCGUGGUGGUGGCUUCAGGUCUGAAGUCUCAGUCGAAGCGAGCUCUGUCCACUCCUCCCCGCCCGCCGUCCCGCAGAGGCAGAGUCCUGAGCGACAAACUGGCCUCGUCGUCGGGCGUGGACCCAUCUUCCAAAACCAUCAGCGUGCCCGUCUUCCACCUCUACCAUAAGCUGCUGCCAGCUCAGCCGUUACCGGGCGAGAUGACCCUGGCUCAGCUGCUGACCCUGCUGUAUGAGAGGAAGCUCCCUCAGGGUUACCGCUCCAUCGACCUGAGCGUCAGACUGGGUUCCAAACUCAUCUCCGACUCCGGCCUCUCCAAGACCGACUCCUUCAAACGGCUCCGCACGGACAAAGAGCACUGUGAGAUGUUGAGCAGCUGUACAGAAGAUGACAUGAUGACCCCCACAGACGAGUGUUUGGACGCCGCCAUCGACGAGUCCCUGUUAGAGACGAGUCCCAUCCAGUCCCCGCUUCAGGUUUUCGCCGGCAUGGGGGGUCUGGCGCUCAUCGCCGAGCGGCUGCCCAUGCUGUACCCGGACGUCAUUCAACAGGUCAGCACCCCCGUAGUAGCGUCGUCCACCCAGGAGAAGCCCAAAGACAGCGAGCAGUUCGAGUGGGUGACCAUCGAGCAGUCGGGCGAGCUGGUGUACGAGGCGCCCGAGAGCGUCGCCGCCGAGCCCCCGCCCAUCAAGUCGUCCGUCCAGACCACGUCCCCCAUCCCCGCCCACUCGCUGGCCGCCUUCGGGCUCUUCCUGCGCCUGCCGGGCUACGCCGAGGUGCUGCUGAAGGAGAGGAAGCACGCGCAGUGCCUGCUGAGGCUGGUCCUGGGCGUCACCGACGACGGCGAGGGAAGUCACAUCCUUCAGUCUCCGUCGGCCAACGUCCUCCCCACGCUGCCGUUCCUGGUCCUGCGCUCCCUCUUCAGCUCCACCCCGCUCACCACCGACGACGGCGUUCUGCUGCGCCGCAUGGCUCUGGAGAUCGGCGCCGUGCACCUCAUCCUGGCCUGUCUGUCGGCGCUGAGCCACCACGCGCCACGAGUGCCCACCAAGAACGCCAACCAGACCGAGGCGCAGGUUUCCAGCGGGCAGGGUGUGGGCAGUGCUGAUGACCAGCAGCUGUACUGGGCGAAGGGGACCGGAUUCGGAACCGGUUCCACAGCGUCGGGCUGGGACGUGGAACAGGCUCUCAACAAACAGAGGCUGGAGGAGGAACACGUCACCUGUCUGCUCCAGGUGCUGGCGAGCUACAUUAACCCCUCGGGGUGUGUGAAUUCGGCCGAGGGGGGGUUGCUGGAGGGGGGGAGCCACAGCAGCGCUGCUCUACCUUCAGUUCUUCAGGAGCUCCUCAGCCAGUCCUGUCUCAUCCCCGCCAUGUCGUCCUACCUACGCAACGACUCCGUUUUGGACAUGGCGCGUCACGUCCCCCUGUACCGGGCGCUGCUGGAGCUCCUCCGCGCCCUCUCGUCCUGCCCCGCCCUGGUGCCCCUGCUGCUCCCGCUCUCCCACCCCGCCGCCGCCGAGGAGGAGGAAGAGGAGGAGCAGGGCGCUCAGAGCCACACCUCCGUCAGCACCCUGCUGGCCAAGAUGAAGACCUGCGUGGACACCUACACCAACCGCCUCAGGUCAAAGAAGGACAAGAGUAAAGGUGUGAUGAAGGCCGAACCCUCCGACCCCGAGCCCGAGGGUCUGACCCUGCUCGUUCCUGACAUCCAGAAAACCGCCGACAUCGUCUACGCUGCAACCACCAGCCUGAGACAGGCUAAUCACGAACGUAAACUGGCCGAAUGCUCGAGGAAGGCGUCGGUGCGGCCGAAGCCUCUGUCCAUCCUGCGCUCGCUGGAGGAGAAGUACGUGGCCGUGAUGAAGAAACUGCAGUUCGAUACGUUCGAGAUGGUGUGCGAGGAUGAAGACGGGAAGCUGGUCUUCAAGAUGAACUACCACUACCUGUCCCAGGUGAAGAACGCCAGCGACGCUAACAGCGCGGCGCGGGCGCGGAGACUCGCCCAGGAGGCCGUCACCCUGUCCACCUCGCUCCCCCUGUCCUCCUCCUCCAGCGUGUUCGUCCGGUGCGACGAGGAACGCCUGGACAUCAUGAAGGUGCUAAUUACGGGACCAGCGGACACUCCGUACGCUAACGGCUGCUUCGAGUUCGACGUGUACUUCCCUCAGGAUUACCCCAACUCCCCCCCUCUGGUCAACCUGGAGACGACAGGGGGGCACAGCGUACGCUUCAACCCCAACCUCUACAACGACGGCAAGGUGUGUUUAAGCAUCCUGAACACGUGGCACGGCCGGCCGGAGGAGAAGUGGAAUCCUCAAACCUCCAGUUUUUUACAGGUGCUGGUGUCGGUGCAGUCUCUGAUCCUGGUGUGUGAGCCGUAUUUUAACGAGCCGGGUUACGAGCGGUCGCGCGGCACGCCCAGCGGCACCCAGAGCUCCACCGAGUACGACGGCAACAUCCGGCAAGCCAGCGUCAAAUGGGCCAUGCUGGAGCAGAUCCGCAACCCGUCUCCCUGCUUCAAAGAGGUGAUCCAUAAGCACUUCUACCUGAAGCGGGCGGAGAUCAUGGCUCAGUGUGAGGACUGGAUCUCUGAUAUUCAGCAGUACAGCAGUGAUAAGAGAGUCGGACGCACCAUGUCUCACCACGCCGCCGCACUCAAGCGACACACAGCCCAGCUGAGGGAGGAGCUUCUGAAGCUGCCCUGUCCCGAGGGUCUGGAGCCCGACGGCGAGGAGUUCACAGACAUGAGCGCCGCCCUCUCCAAGGAUCUAGCCAACCAGGAGGCGGCCAAGCAGGGCGAGGCCCGGUGUCAAGACGCCCAGUGCGGCGAAGGACAGCCUUAAGCCCCGCCCUUCCCACUUAGGACCCCGCCCACUCUAAGACUGCCCUGUCGCAGUCGAACAGACUCGAGGCUUCGGUGCCGAAGCUGCAACCCUGUCCAUAUUUGUAUGUAAGAAUAAUUAUGUAACGGCAUCAAGUACGAAACGUGACGCGGCGAGACCCCGAGACGAGAGCCGCCCAGGAACCCCGCCAGUGUACACGCCCUGAUUUUGGUUUAUUUGUUUGUUCCCCCUCCUGACGGUGAGAUAAGCACUGAUUGCUGUUGGUAAGCGAGAGACGGAGCGAGGGAGCGGCUUUCUGUUUCACUUCUGACUGUUAGCGCCGGGACUGAUGAUUUAGUCGAUAUAUUGGUUGUUGUAUAAGGAAAUAUUUAAAGUAACCCCUCCACACACACACACACACACACACACACACACACACACACACAGCUUUUGGGGGAAGGCCUGACAUUGCUUCAUUGAUUUUUACAAACCUGAUGUACACUUCAAUAAAAGCUGCGAUGGCGAGAGCGAGCGCCACGCCCUUCUACAGCCUCUGCACCUCAUCACUCAUUUUAAAUGCAACUUUAAUAAAUGCGACAUGUUUUA